AUGGACAAGUUAAUUUUGAGAGGCAGAAGCCUACUUAUGCUCACAACGAAUGUCCUCGCGUUUGUUGUCUCAGUUUCAGCUCAGCCAGGAUUCCUGAGCAUCAAUUGUGGCGGCGGAGACAAUUACACUGAUUCUGUGACCAAUAUAACGUGGAUUUCGGAUGGCAAUUAUAUAGAUGUUGGCGAGGCAACGAAUGUUAGUAAGUCAAGUAUACCAUAUCACUUGCAGUCCUUGCGUCACUUUUCAAAGCCUCUAAAUAAAUCAUGCUAUAGUUUGCCCUUAAACAUUAAUGUCACAUACCUCGUACGCCUGUGGUUUCUUUUUGGUAAUUAUAAUGGAAUCCAAGAGCUUCCAAGCUUUAAUGUUUCUGUGGAGACGCAAGGCAUUCUUAUUCAAAAGAUCCAAUCUAUAACGUCUCCGGAAAUCCCAGAAGUUACCAGAGAAAUGAUCAUCACCAGUUCUACCAAUGUCAUCUAUGUUUGCUUGAUUCGAACUUCAGACAGCAGCGAUCCCUUUAUAUCUGCAAUUGAGUUGAGGAGUCUUUCAGGCGGCCUCUAUGAGGCUCAGAUGAAGCCGGGAAUGAUGUUGAGUUCAAUAUCAAGAUAUGAUGUGGGUGCUCAAUCCUCCGAUCUUAUCAGGUACCCUCAAGACCGAUUCGAUCGCUUGUGGAAUUCGGACAGCCUCAUAUCUGUUCUAUACAACACUACUCUUAUUCGAAAAGCACAUUCGAAUAGAACGGUUUUGAAUAAGAAUAAUAUCACCAGUUUCCCUCCUGAUGUUGUGAUGCAGACAGCUAGGAUAGGUCAGGUUCAAAAUUCUACAGUAAUUGCCAAAACCACUGCAAAUUGGUUGCGUUUAAUACUUCCGCAACAGAAUACGAGAACCUUAGUUGUAUUAUAUUUUGCAGAAGUCGAGAUCCUCAACGGCUCAGAGGCAAGGAACUUCAAUGUUAUGGUAAAUGAGCAGGCUGUUCGCUACAUAGAUUACGCUCUGCAAAAUCACUCGAUUAAGCUGCCAAUCACAUACAACUACACACAAGGAAACCAACCAGGAAAGUCUAGCCUUGGUCCUCUAAUUAACGCCAUUGAGUAUUACAGAAUAGUGGAAAGUAAGCCAGAAACUGAUGGAGGUGAUGUUGGUGCGCUUUUAUUAAUUAAAAGAGCUUUUAGUAUCAAAAGCUGGAUAUCGGAUCCUUGUUUUGGUAUUGAAUGGACUGGAAUCAGAUGCAAUAAAGGGCUUCCAGUGAGAAUAUUUGAUGUCGAUUUGUCCGGGAGGAAUCUGUCUGGAACUGUACCAAAGGGGAUAAGCGAUUUAAAUGUAGUCGGUUGUGUCUGUUCUCUUCAGAACAAUAAUUUAUCAGGAACAUUGCCAGACUUGUGCAGCUUAACCAAAUCGGAGAUAAUACGUCUUGAAAACAACUACUUGACAGGAAUCAUCCCAGAUUGUCUGUCACAAUUGAGUAACUUAAAAAAACUGUACGUUUCAUAUUUUUGCAGCAAUUUCAUGCUAGUUUUAGGGAUGCUAAUUUUAUUUAUUCUAUUUGAACUGUGA